CGCCAGCGGUCCCGCCAAGGCCAAUAAAACCGGUGCGGCUCCGCUGGCGGUGCUGCAUUUACCGAGCACAGCUGGGGCCGAGAGACACCCGCUAGACCUCACCGACAGACUCACCCAAGACUCACCUGCACAGAAAUGGAUGACGACAUCGCUGCCCUCGUUGUUGACAACGGCUCCGGCAUGUGCAAGGCCGGUUUCGCCGGAGACGAUGCCCCCCGUGCCGUCUUCCCGUCCAUCGUCGGUCGCCCCAGACACCAGGGUGUGAUGGUGGGAAUGGGGCAGAAGGACAGCUACGUGGGAGACGAGGCUCAGAGCAAGAGAGGCAUCCUGACCCUGAAGUACCCCAUCGAGCACGGUAUCGUCACCAACUGGGACGACAUGGAGAAGAUCUGGCAUCACACCUUCUACAACGAGCUCCGUGUCGCCCCCGAGGAGCAUCCGGUCCUGCUGACCGAGGCUCCGCUCAACCCCAAGGCCAACAGGGAGAAGAUGACACAGAUCAUGUUCGAGACCUUCAACUGUCCUGCCAUGUAUGUGGCCAUCCAGGCCGUCCUGUCACUGUACGCCUCCGGUCGUACCACAGGUAUUGUGAUGGACUCUGGUGACGGUGUCAGCCACACUGUGCCGAUCUACGAGGGCUACGCUCUGCCUCACGCCAUCCUCCGUCUGGACCUGGCUGGCAGAGACCUGACGGACUACCUGAUGAAGAUCCUCACUGAGAGGGGCUACAGCUUCACCACCACUGCCGAGCGCGAGAUUGUGCGCGACAUCAAGGAGAAGCUCUGCUACGUGGCUCUGGACUUUGAGCAGGAGAUGCAGACGGCGGCUUCCUCCUCCUCCCUGGAGAAGAGCUACGAGCUCCCCGACGGACAGGUCAUCACCAUCGGCAACGAGAGGUUCCGCUGCCCGGAGACGCUCUUCCAGCCCUCCUUCAUCGGAAUGGAGUCGGCCGGCGUCCAUGAGACCACCUACAACAGCAUCAUGAAGUGCGACGUGGACAUCCGUAAGGACCUGUAUGCCAACACCGUGCUGUCCGGCGGCACCACCAUGUACCCCGGCAUCGCUGACCGCAUGCAGAAGGAGAUCACUGCCCUGGCCCCACCCACCAUGAAAAUCAAGAUCAUCGCUCCCCCAGAGAGGAAGUACUCGGUCUGGAUCGGCGGCUCCAUCCUGGCCUCCCUCUCCACUUUCCAGCAGAUGUGGAUCAGCAAGCAGGAGUACGACGAGUCUGGGCCCGCCAUCGUCCACCGCAAGUGCUUCUAGGCAGCUCCACGUCGUCGUCCUCUGCCGCGGCAGAAGCCGACAUGCUCUUCAUCUGUUCCAUCCAACUAGAAACGUCUCUGGUUUAUCUUGUGUGAACAGACUAAAAGAUUCGAGAUGCCACAUACAAGAAUAAUGCAGCGACUGUUUACAUUUUAAUGUCCUCAGAAUCUUACUGAACCUCCUCUGACCUUUCAAACAUUUCUCAACAUGUUGGUCUAACUCUGCUCACAGCUUUCGCUCCUCCUGGUGAUAACCUACUGAUGGUCAGAAAACAGUAUUAUCACUGAAUCUUUUUUUUUCUACUUAUUUAACAAUCUAAUGCAAUAAUUGCACAUCAAUAUUCACCCCCCCAUCCAUUCUGUCAAUUGACUGUCUUGAGUCAAGCUGUAUCGGUGGUCUCCAGCAGUGUUUAUACUUAUCAAUAAAAUGCCAACAAUUGUUUACAGCUUC